ACUAAAUAUUUUCUAUUAGUUAAUUGGCUGAUGCCGCUGUUUUUGUUUUUAAAGACGUUAAAGUGCGGGCACAUUAUACAUAUGAAUCAUGCAAACAAAUAUUGAUGAGUGAAAGGUAAAAUGAGGGUUGCAUGUUCUUUAUACUUUAUCAACUUUUUGGGUUUCCAGUGAAAUUUCCAAUUGACGUUUUCUGCACGAGUUAUAUAAGGCAAAAACUAAGUUAGAAAAUAUUUUGUUUAUCUUACAGGAACAAGGGAAAUGGUGUUUACCAAAUCAGUGUUGGGAACAAUGAAGUUACCGACGUGUACUGUCAAAUGACGUCAGUCUCGGGUUGCCAAGGCGGUGGUUGGACAAUGGCGAUGAAGAUUGACGGAAGUUUGGUAAGCCUGCGUGCAGACGUAUAAUGAUUUAAUGUCUCAGUUAAUUAAGUUAGAAUUGGGUUAGGGUGAGCAUUAAUUAAAGAUGAUGUCCACUCCGUUCUGUGCAUCAGUUCUGCUCAUAACAAAGGGGGACCCCCAGAUAUAAACAUUGCCCAAAUUUUGCAUCUUUCGAACUUUUUUGAAUUGAAACGUAGAGUUUAUAUUCAUUUACAAGCAUGGCAAACCAGAAAAGUGUUAGAUAUUCAGUUAGUAUAUCAUAUUUUACAAAUAUACGUAAACAAAACGUAAACAAAGUUCGCACAUGCGCACACGAGUGGACAUCAUCUUUCAUUAUAAGGUCAGGUUUAGGUAGGAUUAGGAUCAGAUUUAGGAUUAAUUUAAUGUGAGAUGAAGGAUUAAAGUCAGAUUUAGGGUGAUUUCAACGCAUUUGUUUUUAUAGAGCACUUUCAAAUACAGUUCCCCUUAUUGGACGAAGAAAAACACUUACAAUGACGAUGCCUAUGGGCGAAACGGCGGUUUAGACAACCACGAAUAUAAAGGAUCAACUUACUGGAGAACUUCAUUUAAAGAAAUUUGUGUUGGUAUGAAAUAUGGUGGUCGUUUAAGAGCCUUCUCUUUCUCGUACCCGGCAACAUCGUUGUAUGACCUGAUCGCAGACGGAAACUAUCGACAAACUCACGUUGGUCGCGCGCAGUGGAAAUCAUUGAUCUAUGGAUCGUCCUUACAGCGUCACUGCAAUCGAGAGGGAUUUAACAUACAAUUGGGUAGAAGCGGUCAUCAUCCAAGAGUUCGAUUCGGUCUUGUGGGAAACGAGCAAAAUCAUUGUAAUUCACCGGAUUCGUUCAUAGGCUUGGGAGCUGAUGGAGGUCUGAAUAUAUGGCCAUGGUGUGAUCGUAACUUUAGACCAUCUGCCAACGCCGCGGGAAAUCUUGGACAGUGUACAACAGACAACGGAAACAAGAAUGCCAGGGCUAUGGCGUACAUAUUGGUUCGUUAA